AUGGAUGGAAAUAUUCAUCGUAAAAAAGGCAAUUAUAAUGAAGCAAGAGAAUUUUAUUUAAAAGCUCUUAAACAAGCUGAAUCAUUCUAUGGACAAAAUCAUCCAACAAUUGCUGAUAUUAUGAAUAAUCUUGCUUUAUUACUUAAAAAAGAAGGAAAAUAUACUGAAGCAUUAGAUUAUCUUAAACAAGCAUUAAAAUUUUCAAAGCAUUAUUAUGGACAAGAUCAUCCAACUAUUGGCAUUUAUCUUACCAAUGUUGGUGAUAUUUAUCGAAAACAAGGUGAUUUCAAAACAGCUGAAGCAACUUAUAAAGAAGCAUUAACUUGUUUAGAACAAUCAUAUGGACAGAAUCAUAUAGAAGUAGCUGAAGUACUUAAUUCUAUGGGUUUAGUUUUAAAAAAACGAGCUGAUUAUGAUGGUGCAGAAAAAUAUUAUAAACGUGCUAUUGAAAUAGUCUAUGAUACAUUUGGUCGUGAUCAAGAACAUUAUAAAUUAGGUAUUUAUUAUAAUAAUUUAGCUGAUCUUGAUAGAAAACGUAAUAAAUUUGAUAAUGCAUUACAACUUUAUCAACGUGCAUUAACUGCUAUUGAAAAAACACUUGGUUUACAACAUUCAGAAGCAGCUGAAAUUUUACAUAAUAUUGGACAAGUUCAACAUCAACUUGGUAAUUAUAAACAAGCUAUUGAUUAUAUAAAUCGUGCUUUGAUUAUUAUUAAAAGAGAAUUUGAUGAUAAACAUUAUAAAUAUGGAAUGUUUCUUAAUUCUCUUGGUCUUGCAUAUGCAAUGAUAAAUGAUUAUAAAAUAGCAUAUAUUCAUUUAAAACAAUCAUUACAAAUUCUUUUGAAUAGUCUAGGUCCAAAUCAUAUUGAAGUAUGUGAUGUUUAUUCAAAUUUAGGUGAUAUUUGCAUGAAAUUUGUUGUUGAAAUUGAUCAACAAAAACAAAUAAAUCAAAGUGAAAAACAAUCAAAAUUAGAAGAAGCAAAAACAUAUUAUUUAGAAGCACAACGGAUUGUUCAAGCUACAUUCGGUAAUGAACAUACCAAAGCUAUACAAUUUUCAUCGCUUUUAUUUAUUAUCAAUAAUUAUAAUUCAUUAUGUAAACUUUAG